AUGGCUUCGCUGCAUACCUUUUCAUCUGGCAUGGCACUGACGCCUGCUUUCCCGUCGCGCUCCUGGAGUUGCCAGGCACGCUGCUCCCAUGCGUUUUCUGACCUGAGGCCGGAACCCAGGCCGCGAAGGCGGUUCCAGACAGCCGCUCUGUGCUCUCUUGGCCUCAUCGCAAGCCCGGCGUGCGGCCGCGCCCGCGUGGCGCGACGUGCGGCACGGAUUCUUCUCCUAGGAGGGGCCGGUCGUAUCGGGACCGCUGCGGCCGUUCACCUCCUCAAGCGAUCGAGGGAGCCACUUGAGGUCGUCCUCGCCGGCCGGAGUGCUGCCAAAGGUGCCGCCGCGGUCGCCGAGGUGGAAGCUGAGGUGGAUGCAAGCUGCGCGCAUCAGCUUUCUUUCUGCCAGGUCGACUGGCAGGAGCCAGGGGCGCUCGAAACUCUGCUGGCAGAGCAAAGCCCGACUGCCCUGCUCCACACGGCCGGCCCUUUCGACGCCGAACCACGGGUCUUAGAGGCAGCCUUAAACGGCAAAGUUCCAGUUUAUGUGGAUGUCGCAGACCCCAUGAGCUACCUGGACAAAGCCAUUGCAAUGGACGCGGUGGCCAAGGAGGCGAACACCUCCGCGGUCGUCAGUGCCGGAGCAUUCCCAGGCUUCUCCAACAUCCUUGCCAUGGAGUGCGUCGCGCAGCUGCGAUCAGGCGACCCAGCGUGCGAAUUGCGCGACAUGAACUUCGCCUAUUUCACAGCUGGCCUUGGUGGCAGCGGCGCGGUAAAUUUGCUGAUCACAAACCUCGGCUUCGGUGAUCCCGUGCCCGUCUUCCGCGGGGGCGCCUAUGCGCCGCAACGGGUGGCUGGGUCAGAGCCGAGGCGUGUGGAGUUCUUCCUGGAUGAAUCAGACCCUGCUUUUGAAUUCGUGGGCGAGCGGGACGUCUGGUCGUGGCCUUUCCCUGAGGCCGGCACAGUUCCGCGGCUUGUUGGCAUCACAGGCAACUCCUCAACCGGAAUGGGCACAGCACCGGGCAUUUGGAACACCAUUCUGGUGGGACUGGUCGCUCUGGUGCCCCGGGACCUCUGGCAGGAGAGGUGGUUCUCCGAGGGGCUGGCUUGGUUCUCGCUGCCAAUGGUGUGGUUCACAGACCAGUUCGUGAAGGAAACGCACGCCAUGCGUGUUGAGGUCACCACCUCAGACGGACGCCGCUGCGUGGCGGUGCAGACACACGAGAGCUUUCGGCGCUGCGUUGCGCAGUCCUCGGCGGAAUUUGUCCUUCACUUGCUGGAACGACAGGCUUCCACCAGCAGCUCGGGCCUGUCCUGGCGACCUGGUGUUUUUCUGCCGGAGCAGCUGGCCGAGGACGAGGCUACGCGCUCCGACCUGUUUCAGAGGCUUUCUCAGACCGAGGGUACCGUGUCAUGCGGCGUCCGAGUGUCUUCAUGA